AUGGGUGGCGACAAAAGCUGCCGCCAUGUACGGCAAGCUAUCCGAAUUAAUGAAUUCCGUCGUGAGCUUAAGAAGCAACCACAACUUUUCUGUCAGGGGUGUGUGCCAUCGCCAUCAAGCGAGCUUGGAACCGCCACACUUCAAAGUUGGGAAAAAUAUCUCGAGGACGUGGAUCUUGUCGUGUGUGUAACUUGUGGCUUUAUAGGCUGUUUUAGUGACGGUCACUUUAGUCUCCAUCUUCAAACACAUCCCAAACACUUUGUUGGGUUUCAAUUCGCGUCGAAAACAUUUUGGUGUGAACCUUGUAAUAUUGAUAUUCCAAUAAACGUGCGGCCAAAGGUUGAGAACGCUCGGUUGGAAUUUUGCAGUAUAAUUGAGGAAAUUGCCGCGAAAAAGAAGCGACAAAUUCGUAGUCAAAUGCGCUCUCCUGCGGCACAUCAAACGCCAUUGUCACCCAUUAUGACGCCUAAUAGCUCAGAUAGUAAUGGAAUUGAUCAUGAUAUUGAUGUGGAGACACCUCGAAAGUCUCGAGAAGUGACAACUAAUGAGAUUAAAGCUGAUGUGGGACGAACACAUGCUUUACUGGAUAUGCCAUUGAAAACAAAGGCACGAGAGGACAGAAUGCGACGAAAAAUACUUCAAACAGCCAUGAAAAGGGAACCGAUGCAAGAAGUACAAGUUUCAUUGAAUGACCACGUUACUGGGACAGGAGAUCUACCAAAUACGGUGCUCGGAUUUACAAAUCUAGGCAAUACUUGCUACUUUAAUGCUGCCAUACAAGCACUUUUGACAGCCACGCAUUAUUUUCCGGAACAUACGCAUAUUGACGACGUUUUAGAGACGAAAAGAACGCCUAUUAUCACGACUUUUACAAUGUUACAUGAGACGGUGAGAAAACGUGCGCGGAAAGCUUUUGCUGAAAAAGAUUCUAUUGAUCGAAGAGGAAAGAGUAAGAGUAGUCGAUCAGUGCUGACUGUAGCGCCACUGCUGAAAGAGAUGCGCAAUAAGUUUUCACAGUUUCGUGGCCACUAUCAACAAGACGCUCAUGAGCUCUUUACUAGUUUCUUAUGGGCCAUUGACGAAGAGAUGGAUCCUCCAUUGCCUUUUGAUACUGAUGCUAAUGACAUCGAUGGUAUUGAUGACAGCACCACUUCCAAUUGCACAGGGAAUUCUUCGGAAGUACCGGAUGAUGAUGAGGAUUCGUCUCGACAAAUUCAAGGAAGAUGGACGGAAGAAGAGACAACGGAGAAUGAACAAACGAUAGAAGGAGAGCACGAAGUCGAGGAAGAAGGCAGUGAAAGUGAUGUGGAACAAGAGGAAACGAAGCAGAUUUUUGUCAAAACUGAAACAGGAGAAACUAUCUCACUGCAAGUACCGAAGAGUUCUACUGUACAGCAAGUGCAACACUUAUUGGCAAAGAGACUUAAUCUCAAUGAAGACGACAUGAUACUAGACGGUUCUGAAAUCGAAACUCGCGCAACGCUUUCGUCUCGACCGUCUGCUGUGCUUCACGCUCGAGCUGAGAAGCGACAAAUGUAUUCAAGACUAAAUUUGACACGCAAUUUGUUUGGUGGCGCGCUGACGACUGCAGUAACGUGUCAAGCAUGUGGCAAUCGUACCGAAAUUGUCGAAGAUGCGUUUCAUUUAAGUGUCUCGAUUCCAACGGUGCAACACCGAGAGUUAACGACUAGAGACUGUCUUGACAACUUUGUGGCCGAGACGCAAUUGCUCGUAUCAGCUAAUAAUGGUUACGAUUGCGAAAAGUGCUCACGACAGCCUAAAGCUCGUAGUGUUGCUGGUCUAUUCAUGCGAAAAAAACGUCUUGGAUCGAACAAUGAACCUGAGAUGGAAGUUGUUUUGCGAGAUGCAUCGAUGCAGUUGUUUGUGUCUGCAUUGCCUCGUGUUCUUGUUGUUCACAUCAAGCGACUCGCACGUUCGAGAAAGAUGACACAACACAUUGCCUUUGAUGAGAAACUUGACAUGACGCCUUACGUGAGCGAAAUAUUGCGGCAAGGUGGCGGCGAUGCAAAGACUCAUUCACUUUCUUUUGAACUCAUCGCUGUUAUCGUGCAUAUGGGUAACAAAAGAUCGGGACACUAUGUUGCGUACGUGAGUCGCUCUCGUCGUCGUGAAGCACUCCUGCUACCGCGUUCACGCAAGCGAGAUGAAGGAGCAGAAAAGAUCACGUCUCGAAGGGGUGAUGGCCCAGCACGGACGUGGUACUACGUCUCGGACACAGUCGUUAAACGAGUGUCUUUCGAGCACGUUUUACAGUGCGAAGCAUACAUGCUUUUCUAUCAGCGUCGACCAAAAGUCGCCGGAACAAAGACACCGACACACUCUCCAAUUGUUGACACGGAACGCUCGCCGACAGAGAUGUCACUAUGA